AUGCGACUGCUACAAUGUGAUGAUACGGGCAGAUUUGCUCUUACCCCAGAUCUCGCUUCCAACGAUGUUCGUCCUUACGCGAUCCUAUCCCACACAUGGAGACCCGACGAGGAGGUGCUGUUUGCCGAUCUAGCGAGAACGCCAAGGGACUGGCAGCAGAAAGCCGGCUUUGACAAGAUCAAGUUCUGCGCAGAACAAGCGAAACGAGACGGGUUGCAGUAUUUCUGGGUCGACACCUGCUGCAUCGACAAAUCCGAAGCUAUCGAGCUCCAGACGGCAAUCAACAGCAUGUUCCGAUGGUACCUCAACUCGGAACGGUGCUACGUCUAUUUAGCAGACGUCUCGGCCAUUUCAGUGUCAGAUACACAACAAAGCCGGACACCAUGGGAAGAUCCCUUUCGAGAUAGUCGAUGGUUCACUCGUGGGUGGACGCUGCAAGAGCUAAUCGCCCCUAAGACAGUCGACUUCUACUCGAGAGAGGGGUCUUGGCUGGGAGACAAGCGAACACUGGAGCCGUUGAUUCGCGACAUUACAGGCAUUCCUGCUGGUGCGCUCCGUGGUACACCUUUAUCCGACUAUACGGUUGCAGAACGAGAAGCAUGGGUGCGCGGCCGCCAAACGACGCACGAGGAGGACAUGGCUUAUUCGUUGCUUGGGAUAUUUAACGUUCAUAUGCCACUGAUCUAUGGCGAAGGGCGAGAGAAGGCACGAAAACGACUCCGAGAGGAAACCCAGAAAGCUAUCAUUGGAUCAGGAACCCGUGCGACUGAUUUCUCUGUUUCCUUCAGCCUGUCCGAAGUUUUCGAAGUCCCACAUUUCGUCGCACGAGAGAGGGAAAUUGCCGAGAUGCGCAGAACUCUCAGCUCUGAUGGCAGCCGUCGCGUCGUUGUCCUCCACGGUCUCGGCGGCAUUGGCAAGACACAGCUUGCCGUAGCAUACACGAAGCGAUACCGAGACGAAUACUCAGCGAUAUUAUGGCUCAACAUUAAAGAUGAAGCGUCUAUCCAACAAAGCUUCACCAAAGUUGCGAUGCAGAUUCUGCGACAACAUCCUGAUGCUAGCGGCCUGAAUGCGCUGGACCUACAACAAAAUCACGAGGAGGUGAUCGAAGCUGUGAAGGCAUGGCUUAGCUUGCCGGGUAACACUAGGUGGCUUCUCGUAUACGACAACUACGAUAAUCCUAGAUUGGCUGACCGCGUCGAUGACACGGGAAUCGACAUUAAUCGCUUUCUUCCCAUGUCCUACCAAGGCUCGAUUCUUGUCACGACACGGUUAUCACAAGUCGAUAUAGGUUAUCGUAUUCGAGUGACGAAGCUUGAAUCGGUAGAAGACAGUCUUGAUAUCCUGUUAACAACCUCAGGUCGAGAUGGCUUGGACAAUGACACGGAUGCUAGAGAUCUUGUGGAGGAGCUUGACGGGCUUCCGCUUGCCCUUGCCACGGCUGGGGCAUACCUAAGGCACGUCCCGGUAAGCCUCGGUAAAUAUCUUCGCCUUUACAAGAUUUCAUGGGCGAGGCUUCAUGCAAGCACUCCAAGCUUGGGGUCAUACCAAGACCACACGCUCUCUUCUACGUGGCAAAUCUCAUACGAGCAAAUCAAGUCACAAAAUUCCCUUGCCGCUAAUCUGCUCCAAUGGUGGGCUUAUUUUGAUAACGAAGACGUAUGGUUCGAACUCUUCCAGCACUAUGGUGAUGACGGCCCAGCGUGGAUUUAUGAGUUGCAUGAUGAGCUGAAUUUUAAUAGCGCGAUGGGCAUAUUGCAUAACUACGGGUUCGUUGAGCCAUACAGCUUCACUUCAGAGCUGCUCGAAUCGAAGGGAUACAGCAUUCACGCAUGCUUGCACUCUUGGACAGUUCACAUACUAAAUCAGGGUUGGGAUGACUGCCUAAACAAGCUCGCGCUCGAGUGUAUAGCAUCAAAGGUGCCAUCACAGGAUGACGAUCAGUUCUGGCUACUUCAAAGACGACUUUUAGCACAUGCAAUAACGUCUUGCGCCACAUUUCAAAAUGGAGAUGAUGGUUUGGAUUGGGCUUUCUAUAAUCUAGGGAACCUUUACAAAGACCAAGGCAAGAUGCAGGAGGCGGAGGAGAUGUACUUGCGGGCGCUUCGAGGGUACGAGAAUGCGUGGGGACCGGAUCACACGUCGACACUCUCCACGGUCAACAACCUAGGUGCGCUUUACAAAGCCCAAGGCAAGAUGCAAGAGGCGGAGGAGAUGUACUUGCGGGCGCUUCGAGGGAAGGAGAAUGCGUGGGGACCGGAUCACACGUCGACACUAGACACGGUCAACAACCUAGGUGCACUUUACAAAGCCAAAGGCAAGAUGCAAGAGGCGGAGGAGAUGUACUUGCGGGCGCUUCGAGGGAAGGAGAAUGCGUCGGGACCGGAUCACACGUCGACACUAAACACGGUCAACAACCUAGGGAACCUUUACUCCGACCAAGGCAAGAUGCAAGAGGCGGAGGAGAUGUACUUGCGGGCGCUUCGAGGGAAGGAGAAUGCGUGGGGACCGGAUCACACGUCGACACUAGACACGGUUAACAACCUAGGGAACCUUUACAAAGCCCAAGGCAAGAUGCAAGAGGCGGAGGAGAUGUACUUGCGGGCGCUUCGAGGGUACGAGAAUGUGUGGGGACCGGAUCACACGUCGACACUAGACACGGUCAACAACAUAGGUCUCCUUUACGCCGACCAAGGCAAGUUGCAAGAGGCGGAGGAGAUGUACUUGCGGGCGCUUCGAGGGUACGAGAAUGCCGUCGGGCCCCAACAUAUCGCGAGAUAUCGGCCAGCAAUCAAUACGACGUGGGGUUUCGGAGCCUUAUUAUGGGAUCAGGGCAAGCUGGUGGAGGCGAGGACAUACUAUCAACGCGCCCACGACAAUCUUGAGGCGCUGCUAGGGCCUCAACAUAGAGAUGUUCAAUCACUGCACAAUGCCUUACUCGAACUGCAUCAGAGGAUCCAUGGAAUAAAUAUUGGGCUACAUAUCCUCAUUCCUUCUGGAAGAACGCCGAGGUCCAUGAUAGUAGCUGCAAGGUCAUCGGCCAGGUGGUGA